CGCCUAAUUGGAUUCAAGAGUUAAGUCCCUUGAUGAAAUGAAUUUGCAUGUUGACCCCGGAAGAAUGUUAUAAUUUGAUGUAAUUAACCGCUAAUUAGUGUCCUGGAAUGUAAUAUAUUUCAAGUGGCAUAUGCAGGAAUUAAAAUAUCUUAGCAGAUAGUGUGAGAACCUGUUACACUGUAGUAAACAUGUAAGUUUUUCACAGUUUCUAACCAGGAAGACGAUUCGCGAUAGAAUUCAAGAUGGCGGCCCCCAUCUACAAUGGACUACCAGAUACUGGUACCAUGCAUUUAUUAGGAGAUCUAGAGACUGGGAAGGUUGUUACAAUAUAUUUCUUAAAGACUAAACCAGAAAGAAGAACAUUAGAGAUCAAACCAACCACUAGUCAGCUUGUUUGGAUCAAGGCACAGGGAGUCCGACCAGAAGGAUCAAUAUGUUUUCGAGACAUAAAGGAGGUUCGGAAAGGCAAAAGCUCGAAAGAUUUUGACAAAUGGCAAGACGAAGCUCGCAGAGUGGACCAGAGACUUUGUUUCGUUGUUUAUUAUGGAAAUACUUUCAAACUGCAUUCUCUCUCAGUUGUUGCAAGUUCAGUGGAAGAACGGGACAAGUGGUAUAAGGGAUUGGACCUACUUAUUGAAGAUUCUCGCACUGUCUCACAUAUCAGUCUUGUAGAAAGAUGGCUGACGAAGGAAUUUAUGAGGAUGAUAGAGAGGUUGCGUGCUGAACAGGCUGACCGGUUGACGCUGAAGAAUGUGAAAUCUUGGACAACGAGAAUCAACUGUAAAAUCUCAACUAACAGAUUGAGGGAGAAAUUUCAAAGUGUAGAUACAACCAGAAAAGGGGAAAUAACUCUCGAUGAGUUUGUUAAAUUGUACCAUUACUUGAUCCAUGUGCCUAAUAUAAUAGAUGAGUACUUUAGUGCGUACAUGAAGAAACUACACAAUGACAGAGUUGUUAGUGUGGAUAAGCUUUACCAGUUUGUUACUCAAGAACAGAAG